AUGAAUACCAACAUAAUUGAAGAUAGAACCAAAAUGGAAUUUUCUUAUAUUUGUAAUAAUAAUAAAAGUCCUCUUGUCCUUUUUCCUGGUAUUUUUUCAAGUUUUGGAAUUAAUGAGAAUAAAGAAUUUUAUUAUAAUUAUUUAGACUAUAAAUUAAAUAAUAAUACAAAAAAUGAUAAAAAUUAUACACAAAUUAAUAAAAUAAAUAAUAAAAAUAAAAAUAAAUUAAAUAUAUUAAAAAUUAAUAAUAAUAACAAUAAUAAUAAUAAUAAUAAUAAUAAUAAUAAUAAUAAUAAUAAUAAUAAUAAUAAUAAUAAUAAUAAUAAUAAUAAUAUUAUAAUAAAAAAUAAAAAAGAAAUUUUAAUAAAUAAUACAAAUUUAGUUAAUUUAUGCAAUAAUUAUUCAAAUUGUUGUGAUGAAAAUAAAAAUAUAAAUAAUAUAAAUAAUGAACAAGUUUGCUUUUCAAUUGAUCAAGAAACUGAUAUUCAAAUGAUAAUAGAUUAA